AAUUUUUUAUAUUUUUAUUUCUAAUAUUUCGAAUCCUAUUGCCCUUGGCUGUUGCAGUUGCUUCUUCAUCUUCCUCUUGUUAUUCACUCUAUUCUCCGACUCUAUCACUCACUCUCUCUUCUUCGCUUCGAUUCUUCAGAUCUCUUUGCCGAUUCCAGGUAGAGUAUGGCAAUGGAAGUUACUCAGGUACUUUUGAAUGCUCAAUCAAUUGAUGGGAAUGUCCGGAAGCAUGCCGAGGACACUCUGCGACAAUUUCAGGAGCAAAACCUUCCUGGAUUCUUGGUCUCUCUGUCUGGAGAAUUAGCAAGUGAAGAUAAACCGGUUGAUAGCCGAAAGUUGGCAGGUCUAAUACUGAAAAAUGCUUUGGAUGCCAAGGAUGAAAGCAGAAAGCAGGAAUUGGUUCAAAGAUGGUUGUCUCUGGACCCUGUGGCGAAAGCUCAAGUUAAGUCAUGCUUGCUGCAAACACUCUCUUCUCUUGCCCUUGAAGCUCGAUCUACAGCAACUCAAGUAAUUGCUAAAGUUGCUGGAAUUGAGCUUCCUCAGAAACAGUGGCCUGAGCUGAUCGGGUCACUUCUAUCAAAUAUUCAUCAAGUACCUACUCAUGUAAAGCAGGCAACUUUGGAGACUCUAGGGUAUUUGUGUGAGGAAGUAUCUCCUCAGGUUGUUGAUCAGGAACAAGUAAAUAAAAUACUUACUGCUGUAGUUCAAGGUAUGAAUGCAUCUGAAGGGAAUAAUGAUGUUAGGCUUGCUGCUACAAUUGCGUUAUACAAUGCUCUUGGAUUUGCUCAGGCUAAUUUUACCAAUGAUAUGGAGCGUGAUUAUAUAAUGAGAGUUGUUUGUGAAACAACUAUAUCCCCAGAAGUGAAAAUACGUCAAGCAGCCUUUGAAUGUUUGGUCUCUAUUGCUGCCAUGUAUUAUGAGAAACUAGCUCCUUACAUCCAGGAUAUAUAUAACAUCACGGCAAAGGCUGUUAGGGGUGAUGAGGAGCCUGUUGCUCUUCAAGCCAUAGAAUUUUGGAGUACAAUUUGUGAUGAGGAGACUGAUAUCUUGGAAGAAUAUAUAGGUGAUUCCAAUGGAGACUCUGAAAUACCUUGUUUUUAUUUUAUAAAGCAAGCCCUUCCUGCACUUAUCCCUCUGCUGCUGGAAACAUUACUCAAACAAGAAGAAGAUCAGGAUCUGGACGAAGGUGCAUGGAAUAUUGCAAUGGCAGGUGGUACAUGCCUUGGUUUAGUUGCUCGUACUGUUGGAGAUGAUAUUGUGCCACUGGUAAUGCCCUUCAUUGAGGAGAAUAUAACCAAACCAGAUUGGAGGCAAAGGGAGGCAGCCUCUUACGCUUUUGGAUCUAUCUUGGAGGGGCCUUCCCCUGACAAAUUAGCACCUCUUGUUAACCAUGCGUUACCAUUUAUGCUCAGUGCUUUAGUGAAGGACCCAAACAACCAUGUGAAAGACACCACUGCUUGGACAUUGGGACGAAUGUUUGAAUUUCUUCACAGUUCAAUUGUUGGUACGCCAAUUAUUAAUGAGGGAAAUUGCCAACAGAUUAUUACUGUUCUCCUUCAGAGCAUGACGGAUGUUCCCAAUGUUGCUGAGAAGGCCUGUGGUGCUUUGUAUUUUCUUGCCCAGGGUUAUGAGGAUGUGGGACCAACAUCUCCUAUAACUCCCUUUUUUCAGGAUAUUGUUCAAUCCCUUCUGACUGUUACUCGUAGAGAGGAUGCUACAGAAUCGCGGUUGAGAACUUCGGCAUAUGAAACACUGAAUGAAGUGGUUAGGUGUUCAACAGAUGAAACAGCUCCUUUGGUGUUACAACUAGUUUCUGUCAUCAUGAUGGAGCUGCACAAAUGUCUUGAAGCGCAAAAUCUUUCUUCUGAUGAACGGGAAAAGCGUAGUGAAUUGAUAGGCCUCCUCUGUGGGUGCAUGCAAGUAAUUAUUCAGAAGCUAGGGUCUUCAGAAGGUACCAAAUAUGUCUUCUUGCAGUGUUCUGAUCAGAUAAUGGGACUAUUUUUCAGGGUCUUUGCUUUUAGAAAUGCCACUGCACAUGAGGAGGCAAUGCUAGCCAUUGGAGCCCUUGCCUAUGCGAUAGGCCCUGAUUUUGCGAAAUACAUGCCAGAAUUUUACAAGUUUCUUGACAUGGACCUUCAGAACUUUGAGGAGUACCAAGUUUGUGCUGUCACUGUUGGUGUGGUAGGGGACAUAUGCAGAGCAUUGGAGGACAAAAUACUGCCUUAUUGUGAUGGGAUUAUGACACAACUUCUUAAAAAUUUGUCGAGUGAUAAUUUACACCGUUCUGUGAAGCCCCCCCUGUUUUCAUGCAUUGGUGAUAUAGCACUUGCAAUAGGAGAUAACUUUAAUAAAUACUUAAUGUAUGCCAUGAACACAUUACAACUUGCUGCAGAGAUGUAUGCCCACACAUCAGGUUUUGAUGAUGAAAUGACAGAGUACAUCAAUUCUUUGAGAAAUGGGAUAUUAGAGGCAUAUUCUGGGAUUUUUCAAGGGUUUAAAAAUUCAUCAAAAUCCCAGCUUUUGAUUCCUUAUGCGCCUCACAUCCUCCAGUUUUUGGAUAGCAUAUACAUGGAAAAAGACAUGGACGAAGUAGUUAUGAAAACAGCAAUUGGGGUCCUUGGAGAUCUAGCUGAUACCCUGGGAAGCAAUGCUGGUUCUUUAAUACAGCAGUCUUUGUCAAGCAGAGACUUUUUGAAUGAAUGUUUGACCUCAGAAGAUCAUUUGAUUAAGGAAUCUGCUGAGUGGGCCAAGUUGGCUAUCACUCGAGCUAUAUCUGUUUGAGGUUCAUCGGGAUUAGCAUAUCCAUUGUCAUAAACUAUCUGCAUGCAUUUGGGUGUGUCGAGGUGGGUCUUGGGAUUGCAUGUGUCAAUUUGUCUCCAUGGUCAGACAACGUGAAGGUUAUCAGUCUGAAGGUCUUCUUGUUGUCACUAACUCUUGCAUCAUCACCAAUGCAUCACUGACUUUUGCAUGAGCACCAUUAAGUCCAGGUCUGUCAAGAGGAAGAAGGUAGCGAUGAGUUUGCAAAUGUGGGUGUAGGUCUUCAUGAAACAAGUAAUUGAUUGAAUGGCUACGGGGAGGCAACUGAUUCCUGAUUCAGAAACUAAGAUACUCUUAGUUGGAAUUGGAUGAUGAGUUUGGAGUUUGAUGUUAUGAGAAGAUAAACCCAUUCGAGCUUGAAAACGGUUUUUUCCUCAACUGAUCAUGCUUUAUUGGAAUAGUUGAAUUCGCUGGGUUGAACUGGUUUUCAUCAACACCACCCAAAGUACUUUAUUUCAAGUGAAUCUCUUCCUUUUUUUUUUUUUUACUUUUAACCUGCAUCUUAGACCAUUUGUUUUUCAUCAUCCUAUUGUGUAUAAUUGUCCCUAGGCUGUUGGCCAUCCAUAUAAUUUUUUUUUCUCCACACAUUGCUUUUCCAGGCUGGGGAUCGAUUGUUUAUUGAUGACCCAGGAUGGGAGAGAUUACAUCUUUCUAGCAUUUUGCAUUUUUCAUUUUUUUACUUGUCAGUUGGUUUCUUAGGGCAAAAAUCAUCAUGCAUUCAUGAAAUCAUCAACCUUUAAUUCCUUUGUUUUAAAAUGCAUAUGUACAUCAUAUAUUGGCUAUUCCUGUGGAUACAAAAAAGAAACUCGCAGUAUAUUGUGAUGAUACCAAAAGAACUAGUGUGGUGGAUUGUUUUGCACUUGUUGGAAGGAGUCGUCUGGGUGUAGCCUGUAUUCGUGUUUUCUUUCUCUUGUCUAAGUAAAAAGUUUGUGAAUUUUGGCGACUUUGAUAA